AUGGGUUCCGCCAGCCCGUCUGUCUUUUCCACGGCCAUUGUGCCCGCCGCGCCAGAGGAUCCUCUUUUUGGUCUGGCGACAGCUUAUCGUCAGGAUCCGUCCGACAAGAAGGUUGAUUUGGUUAUUGGAGCUUAUCGCGAUGACAAUGCCAAACCGUGGAUUCUGCCGGUUGUCAAGAAGGCUGACGAGCUUGUCCGCAACGACCCCGCCCUGAACCAUGAAUACCUCCCCAUCAAGGGAUUGGCCGAUUACACCAGUGCCGCGCAGAAACUGAUGAUCGGGGCUGACAGCCCUGCCAUUCGCGAGAACCGCGUCUGCACCUUCCAAACCAUCUCCGGCACCGGCGCCGUGCACCUAGGCGCCCUCUUCCUCAGCAAAUUCCACCCCGCGUCCCCCAAACCAACAACCUACCUCUCCAACCCCACCUGGGCCAACCACCACCAAAUCUUCACCAACGUCAACCUCCCCAUAACCACCUACCCUUAUUUCUCCCCCAGCACCAAAGGCCUCGACUUCCCGGGCCUCACCAACGCCCUCAGCUCCGCCCCAACCGGCUCCAUAAUCCUCCUGCACGUCUGCGCCCACAACCCCACCGGCGUCGACCUCACCCAGUCACAAUGGAAAGAAGUCGCCUCUAUCAUGCGCACCCGCAACCUCUUCCCCUUCUUCGACUGCGCAUACCAGGGUUUCGCCUCGGGCGAUCUCGCCCGUGAUGCCUGGGCGGUCCGGUACUUCAUCGAAGAGGGCUUCGAGCUCUGCAUUGCGCAAUCCUUCGCCAAGAACUUCGGGUUAUAUGGUCAGCGGACGGGCGCAUUUCAUUUCGUGUCUGCGCCUGGGGCGGAAGCUGUGGAGGCGAAUAAGAACGUGGCGAGCCAGUUGGCGAUCUUGCAACGGAGUGAGAUUUCGAAUCCCCCCGCGUAUGGCGCGAGGAUUGCCAGUCGGGUGUUGAAUGACGAGGGGUUGUUUGCGGAGUGGGAGGAGGACUUGAAGACUAUGAGUGGGCGCAUUGUGGAGAUGAGGAAGGGACUUAGGGAGAGACUGGAGAAGAGGGGGACGCCCGGGAAGUGGGAACAUAUCACCGAGCAGAUUGGGAUGUUUAGUUUUACGGGGUUGACGGAGAAGCAGGUUGGUGUGUUGAGGGAGAAGUGGCAUGUUUAUAUGACGAAGAAUGGCCGUAUCUCAAUGGCCGGGUUGAACACACAUAACCUGGACUACUUUGCUGAGGCGGUGGAUAGUGUGGUGAGGGAGACUUCAUAG